ACAACCACCCCCAUCCUCAACCCGAAAACCCCGGGAUCUCCUGCAGCUACACGAAUGAUGCACGCCUCCCUCAGACUCAGAUCUGCCUUUAGGCCACAACUGUCUCACGUCCGCACCUAUGCACAAGGAGCCUCAUUGAAGGAGACCUUUGCUGCACUCAUCCCAAAACACCAGGAGUACGUCAAGAAGGUGCGUGCGGAGCAUGGCCACAAGAAGACUGGUGAAACGACCAUUGAUUCAGCCUACAGCGGUAUGCGUGGUCUCAAGGCUAUGGUCUGGGAGGGUUCCGUUCUCGAUGCUGAAGAAGGUAUUCGAUUCCGUGGCAAGACCAUCCCCGAGUGUCAAGAGCUGCUCCCAAAGGCGCCAGGCGGCAAUGAGCCUUUGCCUGAGGGUCUCUUCUGGCUUUUGUUGACUGGUGAAGUCCCCACCGAGGCUCAAGUCAAGGGUCUCUCUGCUGAAUGGGCCGCUCGUUCUGACUUGCCCAAGCACGUCGAGGAGCUCAUCGACAGGUGUCCUAAUACCUUGCACCCCAUGGCCCAGUUUGUGCUUGCUGUUACUGCACUCGAGUCUGAGUCUUCCUUCUCCAAGGCAUACGCCAAGGGUAUCAACAAGAAGGAGUACUGGUCGUACACCUACGAAGACUCGAUGGAUCUGAUUGCUAAGCUCCCCAACGUUGCUGGUCGUAUCUACCGCAACUUGUACGCCGAUGGCAAGGUCGCACCUAUCGACAAAUCCAAGGACUACUCAUACAACUUUGCCAACAUCCUCGGCUUUGGCGAGAAGAAGGACUUUGUUGAGCUCAUGCGUCUCUACUUGACCAUUCACUCUGACCACGAGGGUGGUAACGUCUCUGCUCACACCACACACUUGGUCGGUUCGGCUCUUUCUUCCCCUAUGCUUUCCCUGGCUGCUGGUCUCUGCGGUCUUGCUGGACCCCUCCACGGUCUCGCCAACCAGGAAGUGCUCAAGUGGAUCAACAAGAUGAAGGCUGAAAUUGGUACGGAUGUCAAUGAGAAGCAGAUUGAGGACUACCUCUGGAAGACCCUCAAGGCUGGCCAAGUCGUUCCUGGCUACGGUCACGCUGUCCUUCGCAAGACUGACCCACGUUACGAAGCACAGAGGCAAUUUGCGCUCAAGCACAUGCCCGACGACCCUCUCUUCCACCUCGUCUCAACCGUAUACAAAGUCGCUCCCAAGGUCCUCACCGAGCACGGCAAGACCAAGAACCCAUACCCCAAUGUCGACGCUCACUCGGGUAUCUUGCUUCAAUUCUACCAAUUGACACAGGAAGACUUCUACACCGUGCUCUUUGGUGUUUCCCGCGCUCUCGGUGUCUUGCCACAACUCAUCUGGGACCGUGCACUCGGUAUGCCCCUUGAGAGGCCCAAGUCAUUCUCAACUGAGGCUUUGGAGAAGCUCGGCGCAAAGCUCUAGGCUUCGCAUCUAAAAAAGUUUGAUGAUACUAUAGCUCUGAUAGAUGCUAGAUGCUAGUUGGUCAUUCCCUCCAUACGUACGUCUUUGUGGGUAGUUCUGUAGCUUCUGCCG